GCGCUCCCGUCGCCGUCUCCAUCCUCCCGGCCUGCUCCCUCUCUCUUCACCCAAUGGAGGCUCUCUCCGGCGCCGCCGCCUCCUCCUCCCUCCUCCCGACCUUCCCCGCCUGCCAGCCGCCAUCCCGCGUAGCGCUCCGCGCCCGCCCCUGCGGGCCCCUCCGCGCGGCCGGCGGCGGCGGCGGCGGGAGCAAGGACGAAGCCGUCAGGCCGAACGGGACUCCCUCCAUCAAGUCCAAGAGCGAUCCAAGUCUAAAUGGAGCUCUCUCGCCGGUCACAUCUGAAAAGCCGCACAAGACCGUAUCAGCCAAUACUACUCCUGACUCGAGCGGAUCCAGAGCUGGCUUGUUCAGAACUCCUAUUUCUGGUGGUGUGCAGAGCGCAACUUUUGCCCAUGGUUUGCCUCCACCAGCUUUGGCUGUUCGCAAUUUAAUGGAACAGGCGAGAUUUGCUCAUCUAUGCACUGUCAUGUCUGGCAUGCAUCAUCGACGCGCUGGAUACCCAUUUGGUUCACUUGUUGAUUUUGCUAAUGACUCAAUGGGCCACCCAAUAUUUUCUCUAUCGCCGUUAGCAAUCCACACAAGAAACUUGCUCUCCGAUCCAAGAUGCACACUUGUUGUCCAGGUGCCUGGAUGGAGUGGGCUGUCUAAUGCGCGUGUCACGAUAUUUGGUGAUGUCUACCCUUUGCCAGCUGAACAACAGGAAUGGGCUCAUAAGCAAUAUGUAGCAAAACAUCAACAGUGGGCAUCUCAGCAGUGGGGAAAUUUUUACUACUACAGGAUGCAGAACAUAAGUGACAUAUACUUCAUUGGAGGCUUUGGCACUGUUGCAUGGGUUGAUGUGAAACAGUACGAAGUUAUGCAACCUGACAAGAUAGCAGUUGACGGUGGCGAACAAAGCUUAAAGGAGUUGAAUGCAAUUUUCUCUAAACCACUUCGAGAGUUCAUGUCCGCGGAAGGGGAGGUUGAUGAUGCUGCUCUUAUAUCAGUAGACAGCAAAGGAAUAGACAUACGGGUUCGCCAGGGGGCACAGUUCAACAUUCAGAGGCUUGCGUUUGAUGUGCCGUACAAGGUGGAGACUCUAGAGGAGGCCAAGAGAGCACUGCAUAAGAUAAUCAAGACAGGCAGCAAAUAAAGUGAAGAUCGCGUGCGACCGGCAUUUGCUCAGUUUCUCCAGCACUACAAGCUUGUGUCGUGACCCCACAAAAAUAAUGAAGGAUGAUGUAAUGUAGCAUGCAUGAGUGUGAAAUAAGAUGGGUAUCUCUUACAUAAUGAGAAUGUUUGUAGGAAGAAAUUGCCAAAUAGUGUACCCAUAUGCUUGUAUUGCUUUAACUGUAGACUGUAGAGUAGACCAUGCUGCUUGUGGAAACCGAACACUUUUGUCGGAUGAGCUAGUCGUUGAUUUCCGCA